UUCUGAGAAAGGACAAAUCUUUUGUCUCUCUUUCUCUAUCUUUAUUUACUUGCAAUUUUUGCCCCUCACACACGUCAUUUUUCCGCAAAAUUUGCCUGUAAUUAGCAUCUUCACUUUCUCCCUUUCCUUUAAAAAAUGAUUCCGAUUCCUAAAACAAGCAAAACAAGACCCAUCUCAAUCUGAAAGACAAAACAAGACUCAAACUUUGAACAGCAGCAGCAGCAACUAGCCAGGUUUCAAAAGCAAGUACUUUGGCAAAUGGGUAUUUGAUUCCCUCUCUCCUUGGAUCCUUUCCCCUGGUAUGAAGAGCUCUUACUUUACUUUCUCUUGCCCAUAUCUCACUACCCUUUUUGUCUCUCAUUACACCACUGUCUACAAAAGGACACCCAAAAGAUCGAACUAGGGUUUGCUUCAUUUUUCCUUGUGGGAAAAUGAGGGACUUUCCUUCUUGUUUUGGUGAAACUGGAGUUCAAGUAGCAGACGCUUCAUGUUCAAGUGUGAGUACUAAAUCCUCUCAAAAUGUAGUUACAUGCGUAUACAAGUGCAAGUUACUUGGUCAAUCUUGCUUAAUCUCCAUUACAUGGAGCAAGAACUUCAUGGGUCAAUGCCUAAGCGUUGAAAUUGAUGAUUUGUUGAACCAAUGCCUCUGCAAAGUUGAUGUUAAGCCCUCUUUGUUCUCAAAGAGAAAAGGGUCUAAGUGCUUGGAACUAAAUUCUGGUGAAGUUGACUUGUUUUGGGACCUUUCUUCAGCAAAAUUUGGAUCUGGACCAGAGCCUUUAGAGGGGUAUUACUUGGCAUUGGUUUGUAAUGGGAAAAUGGUUCUGUUGAUUGGGGAUCUGAUGAAAGAAGCAAGGAAAAAGACUAACUCAACCCCUGCUCCCUCAGCUGCAAUUUUCAUUUCCAAGAGGGAAAAUAUUUUUGGGAGUAGGGUUUUUGGUACCAAGGCUCAAUUCUGUCAUAAUGGGCCUGUUCAUGGCCUCACAAUUGAAUGUGAUACCAUAAAUGACGAUGAUCCGUGCCUCGUGAUUCGAAUAGAUAGUAAGACGGAGAUGAAGGUGAAGCGCCUCAAGUGGAAGUUUCGCGGGAAUCAGAUCAUUUGGAUUGAUGGUUUACCGGUAGAAGUUUUCUGGGAUGUCCAUAAUUGGUUGUUUGGUACGGAUUUUGGGAGUGCGAUUUUCAUGUUCCAAACUUGUUUGUCGGCUGAGAAGUUGUGGGACAGCCAAACGUUUUCGGAUCCUUGGCCUUGUUCUCAGAGUUUUAGGGAGUCUAGAUCGCAAGUUCUUGGUUUCUCAUUGAUUUUGUAUGCGUGGAAGAAUGAAUAGAUGUGUGUGCUUCUUCUUCGUACGAUUGAUACAGAUGCUUUUAUUGAGAUGAUUCAAUGAGAGAUAUAUAAUGAGUUAUUUUAGCCAUAGUAUCUAAGUGGAUAUUGCAGUUUUUGCUCCUUUCCUGGAUCGAUGAGGAUCAACACUGAAGCUCUCUUGUUGACUGCCCAUUACUGUGAGCUGUAGAAUUAGCCUUCUGUUUAUAUUUUACCAUAGCAAAUCAUCAUUUCUUGAGUUA